GCGAACGAACGAAAAGUGAGACAUGGGGAUACUGAGGGAUUUGAUCAAAAAUUAAUAUUUUAAGUAAUGCUUAUAAAGAGAUUGGACUAUGGAUAUUUUGUGGUGUGUUAUAGGACUUUUACUCUGUAUAACGGAUGCCAAUAGUACAGAAUGUCCAGAAACAGUGAGUUUGCCAAGUCUCGCGAUCUAUGGUACGGGACUUUCGAUUUACGAAAAGAUAGCAGCGUUUCCGUGUGAUGGACAUUUGAUUGGAUGGCGGACAAUUGGCGCCAAACCUGAAUAUAACAUACAGUUCGGAAUAUGGAUCCCAAAUUACGGUACCCACAAACUCCUCACCUUUUUAGACCGUAUUAACCAAGGAAGUGAUGACAACAUGGAACCGGUCAUUAUCGAAAAAGGAGAUUUCAUGGGUUUUGUUUUGCUUAAGAACGACUCGCUCACUGUGCCUGAUUUCAUCAUACCACCACGAAAAACUGCCAACACCAACUUCAAAUACUCAAAUCUUGUAGCUGUGGUCCCACAGAAUACUAUAAGAGGAAGUGUCAUUUCAUUUAAGGAAAUAUCUUUCAAAUUGGUGCCCUUGAAUUUCACAAUUCAUGUCAAAAUGGAUUAUAGCGGUACAUAUAAAGCCAGAUGGGAGGCUUCUCGGAAGAAGAGCCACAACAAGCGAGAUAAAUGGAGAAGCUGUACCAGUCAUAAUCUCCCAAAUUGUGAAACAUGUAGAAAAGUCAAAGGUAAAGUCAUCUGCACAUUUUGCAAAGAUGGAUUCUUUGGACAAACGUGCAAGAAACCGUGUCCCGAAGUCUGUUCUACCUGCAUGCAGGAGAGUGGCAGUUGUGAUAGAUGUACCACGGGUUACUUUGGGGAAAAUUGUAAGGAGAUGUGUCCCAUCAGAUGUAGCCCCUCUCUGGGUUGUAACGCGGACAGCGGCUGUGGGGAAUGCCAGCUAGGAUUUCAGGGAAUGUGGUGCGAGGAGUUCGUCUCCAGCUGUGAUGAAGGAUAUUUUCCUGGGGCUAGUUGUGAAAACGAGUGUCCAGAAAAAUGCAUAUCCUGCAAUAUAUCAGAUAGUGAGUGUAUCGUCUGCAAAAAGGAAUCACAAUGGAAACAAUGUGUUAAAGCUGUUGUAGGAAGCAAAGAUGUAUCGGAGGAAAGAUCCAGUUCUCUGGGAGCCAUUCUGGGGGCCGUCUUUGCUCUCCUCACUCUCGGAGUUGUAGUGACUGGAGUUGCUUUUUAUAUAAUAAGGCGUCGGCGCAGCAAUAUUUCGAGAAAAGCCAAUGUCGACUCCGAAACAGUAAAUGGUCUCCCCUCGCGAGAAACCUUAGAAGAAAACGCACGUCAGAGCAAUCCUUAUAUCAUCAAUUUUUCACCACCCAGUAAAAACCAAAAUAGACAACUUCCUUUACCCCCAAACGAAGGCGAAGAUGGCUAUAUGGAACCUCAUACUCUAUCAAAACCGGAUGUGACAUCACCUCUUCUACAGGAAGAACAACAUUCGGAUACCAAACCAGUCGUCAAGUUACUUAUCAGUGAAUCAGAUCCCAGCGGGCCGGAAUCUCAUGUAGAGGAUGUAUAUGAGACAAUGGGGGAAAUUGAACCUAUAGAAGAAACAUUUGAAUAGAAAAGAGAACUUCUUUAAAGUGCAAUCAUGCAUUGUUAUAUAGAUAUGUGCUUUAGCUUUUAUACCUUUUCGACAAGUACAUUUUUCUUCGUUUAUGUUGAUUAAUCAAAGAUUAUGAUGCCUGAAAUCUGCAAGGGACUUAAAGAGUUACUUAAAGCUACUUUGGUUGAUGGCAGUUGUGUCAGUAGUGUAAAAGUCGUUUAUAGAAUUUUUUGAUAAGCCACUUACAACUUCAUAAAACGAACGUGUUUAUUUAUUGCGCAUUUAAUAUGAUAAGUUAAUUUCUAAAAACCAAUUAUUUUCCUUACUUUAUUUUUCAACCUUGUAGGAUGUGGAUACUUAAAAACUCCAAAGAACUUUUAGUAGAUUUGAAAUCACAAAAUUUUUAUCAAAAUCAAUAUCAUCAAAACGACUUUUCAACACAUAAUACAACCAUUCCCCACGAUAAAUUAAAGUCCAGGCUUUUUUGACAUCAUAGACAGCUGCUUUUCAAUAAAUUCACUUACCUUGUCAUUGGUUAUUUGCAAAAUUAUUUUGUUAAACACAUUCUGAUUGUACACAUAAGCACUCUGAAGUUCAUAUUAAAAAGAUGCUUGAGUUUCUGAUUGACAA